UCUCUCUCUCUCUCUCUCUCUCUCUCUCUCUCUCUCUCUCUCUCUCUCUCUCUCUCUGUGCCCAUCAUCGGAAGACAUGCGACCUGGCCAUCUCGGCAUGGUGCUUGCCGCCGUCAUUCGAUGGGUGCGAAUGAGGGAGAAAGUGUGCGUGCUCAUGGCGAUGAUGCUCAUGCUUGCUGUGACGAACAUUGUCGCCAUGCACAAUGCGACCACAAUCUUGUUGUUCCUAGCAUACGACUUGCAUGAAGGACAUGGCGGGGGAGGAGCUUUCAAUCCGUUGGGAGGCAGAGGACGGAGACGGCUUUGGGUCCGAGAGCAAGUGGGAGGGACAUGGGAGGAGCUGAAUAUGGAGGGACUGGGACACGAGAAAAAAUUCCGUGAGUACACUCGGCUUACGAGGCCUCUGUUCGACGAGAUUUUGGAGCGGAUCGCACCGAGGAUACAAAGGAUGGACACCCAUUAUCGACAGGCUUUGCCGGCGUCUUUGAAGUUCGCCUUCGCGCUAUACCGAUGGGCGACGGGGGGAUAUUACCGACAGUGUGGCAAAGACUUCGGAUUAGGACGGCACAGUGCCAUCAGAUGCACGGACGACGUCGCAAGAGCUCUCUGUGACGAGUAUGGCCAUGUGUUGUCUUGGUCGACAGGGGAUCGCUUGCAAAAGACUUUAGAUUAUUAUGAGGGGAAAGGAUUCCCUGGUUGUUUCGGUGUGAUUGACUGUACACAUAUCCUUAUCGACAAGCCCCGUGGUGGUGAGGCUGAACCAUAUUUCGACAGAAAUAGGCAGUAUUCCAUCGUCGCACAAGUAGUGUGCGAUGAGAACCUGCACAUUUUGGACGUCAGCGUCGGGGCCCCGGGGGCGGUGCACGAUUCUCGUAUACUGCGCCUUUCCGAUCUGUACAAUCGCGGGGAGGAGGGUAGGGAGCCUUUCAUUCGGAGGACAAACGUCCUCAUAGAUGGCACUGUAAUGGGACGAUAUCUGAUGGGGGACGCUGGUUAUCCGAUCCUCCCGUGGCUGAUGAUUCCGUUUGGAGGAUGUGAGCGGACUACAGAGGAAAGAGCGUUUGAUAACAAGUUCUCCGCCCUUCGCAGUGUGAUCGAAAGGUGCUUUGGUCGGUUGAAAGGAAUGUGGCGUUGCUUUGGUCGGAAACACAUAGCUAAUAUGCGCAACGUGUGUUACCAGUUUUUCGUGUGCUGCAUUCUGCACAACAUCAUCAUGGACGCAGGCAUCCUGGUCGACGAAGACUUGCUGCGAUGGAGAGGGGGGGAAGAUAGCGACGAAGACAACGACGACGAUGGACCAGCGCGUGACGAUGAUGGCGACGAAGGGGAUGAUGCCGAGGCUCAGCUGCGUAGAGAAGGCAGUUUAUUGUACGCUACCCAUCGCAUUCGUCGCGAUGCCGCAACUGCUCUCCGAUCGUCUGUUGUCCGUCACGCUCUUCAUGUCUCUCGAGUGUUUGGUGUUCACGGUGGUGCACAACAGCGGUAGGGUAGAUUGAACCACGACAACGGGCAUAGACACGGA